UGAAGUAGCUGCUGCUAAAACAGGACAGUCAGCCGGCACUAGUUUGUAUGUGUAGGAAAAUAUCUAGUCUAGACAACAACAGGACUAAAAACCCUCUUAAGUCUUCCGUCACUGUGAAGUGUGGAGUCACUCUAUGCGGCUCAAGGUCAGGAAGAUCCUCAGGGAACUGUUCCGUCUGGAUCCUGGGACCCGCAGAGGCAGGUGGGCAUAAGUUUCCUUGUGGCAGCUCCCAGAUUGGAUCAUUGGGACACUAUGCAGGGCUGCAGGACUCUAUGGAGGAUGUGAGGCCUGGAUAAUACCUCCCACCACAGCCUCAGUUCUCUCAGCCUGAUCCAGGGUCGGACACGGAGGGAAUGGGCCCAGCUUCACUGCAGGAGGAGAGAGAGGAGGAGAAAGAGUCCAAGAGGGAGAUGGAGAGCUACCGCUGCCUUCUGCAGGCCGGCUCUCAGCUAGAGAGCACUCUGCAGCAGGUGACUGUCCCUCUAAGCUUGAAGGAGGUGGGAGGCUACAUAGAGAAACAGGUGGCAUACUUGUCAGGGGGCCGUGGGGAAGACUCCAGCGUCAUCAUCACCCUCCCAGAGAGCUCGGCUUUUAGUGACAUUCCAGAGGGAGCUUUAGUCAAAGUCUUUACGUAUCUCACUCUCAUCCCUCGAACGAGGCAACCCGGAGUCAAAUUUAUCAUCAUUUUAGACCGGAGACUGGAUACAUGGGCCUCUAUCAAAACUGCACUUGCCAGGAUAGCAGCCUCGUUUCCUGGGAACCUCCACCUGGUCUUGGUGCUCCGACCCACCAGCUUCUUCCACCGCACUGUUACAGAUAUUGGCUUUCGCUUCAGCCAAGAGGACUUCAUGCUCAAGAUGCCAGUGGUGAUGCUGAGCUCUGUCACAGACCUGCUGCACUACAUCGAUGAGAACCAGCUGACUUCAGAGUUCGGAGGCACUUUGGACUAUUGUCAUAGUGACUGGAUUGUUUUACGAACAGGCAUUGAAAGUUUUGCCGUCACAGUUAAAGACAUUGCACAGAUGCUGCAGAGCUUUGGCACUGAGCUGGCGGAGACGGAGCUGUGUGAUAAUGGGAAGGCCAUUGAGUAUCUCCUUGAGUCUCAUACUGAAAAGUACAGGAAACUCAAGGAUGCAAUCAGGUCAGUUUCAAAGGAAGGGCGUCAUCUUCUUGCAAGCCUUGAGACCUCCGGAAAAGAAGAUGACUCCCAGUGGGAUGUGAAAAUGGACUGGGAGACAGUACAGAGGCUUCUUGCCCAGCUCAGAGACAUGGAGUCAGCCUUUGAUGGCUUCUUUGAGAAGCAUCAUCUGAAACUCCAUCAGUACAUGCAGUUGCUCAGAUAUGAACAAAGCUUUCAGGAGAUGGAGUUGUGUCUGGAGCAUCUAACAGGGCAGGAGAAGGAGCUGUCCAUAGCUGUGGACACUCUGGCUCAAACAGAACAGGCUCUCAAAAGUUUGGACAGUUUGGUAUCAAAUGCACAGGAGGUGAUGUCUCGAGCUCAGAUCAUCAUCCUUCAUGGACACCAGCUCUCCGCCAGUCACCACUAUGCCAUGGCUCUUAUUAUGCAGCGCUGCAACGAGCUCCGCCACUACUGUGAUACACUAAAUGCUGCUCUCAAAACCAAACACACUCAUCUUCUGCAAACACACCAGCUGCUGCUUUGUCUUGGACAGGCCCAAACCUGGUGCGAUGAUGGAGCAUAUCUGUUGGCCAAUCAGCUGGUGGAAAAGUACCAGUCUAAGAUGGGGGCCCAGGCUGCUCUGAGGGACAUUGAGAGGUUCCUGGAGGGGGCGCCGUCUAUGCUGAGCUCAGGACCGGACGUCCUGACCAUCGAGUACGAGGCUGUCAUCAUGCCUCAGCUGCAGGCUCAGAUAGGGAAAACGUUUGAGAAGCAUGCAGCCGUGCAGCUGAUGAUUCAGAGUCGACAGGCCUGUCUAAGGAAGCUCGCUGAUAAACAUGUGCGACCGAUCCAACUGGUUGCCCCCCGCCCCGAAAACCCACCACGCUCCAAGUCCCCCCUCUUCUCCCCCAAACAUGGUGAUGGUUUGAAGUUCACAUUCGACCUCUCUCUGCCAGGGAAGAGAGCAUCCCGGAAGAGCCCCAACUCAAGAAAAAUUGAGGUGAUCCACGACUACCAGGAGAGCCGGAGUUGCGUGUCGUACUUCCUGGAUGGAGAGGACAGCCCAGAUCUCUUGAAGCGUCAUGUGAUGCGGGAACUCAUAGAGACGGAAAGAAUCUAUGUGGAAGAGCUGCUGUCAAUUCUGCUGGGUUACAGAGCUGAGAUGGACAACCCAGCUCUGUCAGGGCUUCUGCCCCCCAUCCUGCGCAGCAAGAGAGACAUCCUCUUUGGAAACAUGCCUGAGAUCUACAAUUUUCACAGUAGGGUUUUCCUUCAGGACCUGGAAGGAUGCCUGGAAGCUCCUGAAAGUGUAGGAGCAUGUUUUCUUGCGCGGAAAGAAAGUUUUGAAAUGUAUGAAUGCUACUGUCAGAAUAAGCCACGCUCUGAGGCACUGUGGGGACAAUUCUCAGACUGUGUCUUCUUUCAGGAUUGUCAGAAAAAGCUGGAGCACAAACUGGGUCUGGAUUCAUACCUGUUGAAACCAAUCCAACGCCUCACCAAAUACCAGCUGCUGCUUAAGGAGCUUCUAAAGUACAGCCCAGAUUGUGAGGGGACUUCAGAGCUGCAGGGGGCGUUGACAGCAAUGCUGGACCUGCUCAAAUCAGUCAAUGACUCCAUGCACCAGAUAGCCAUCACAGGAUAUGAGGGUGAUAUUUGCGAGCUGGGCCGGGUGUUGAUGCAGGGUUCCUUCAGCGUGUGGAUCAGUCAUAAGAAAGGACCCACUCGCAUGAAGGAGCUGACUCGCUUCAAGCCCAUGCAGAGACACCUCUUCCUGUACGAGAGAGCUCUGCUCUUCUGCAAGCGGAGGGAGGAGCACGGAGACGGCUGUGACAAGACGCCCUCAUACAGCUUCAAGCACUGUCUGAAGAUGACUGCUGUGGGGAUCACAGAGAACGUCAAGGGAGAUGUGAAGAAGUUUGAGAUCUGGUAUAGUGGCAGGGAGGAAGUGUAUGUGGUUCAGGCUCCUACAUUGGAAGUGAAGAUGGCCUGGCUCAAUGAGCUUCGCAGAAUCCUGACCAGCCAGCAAAAGCUGCUUAGAGAUGAAGCAUAUCAACACAGCCAAAUGGUUGGACACAUGCAGCUUUCUCCCUCCCUCUCUGAGAGCAAGCAGCAGAGGGCGUCAGUGAGCUCAGAGGAAACAGAGUCAGGGAGGAGCAGUCCAGACCCCCAGCCUCACUCCCCUAAACACCAGCACAACCGCAAGAGUUGGCCCGGAGCUCACAACUCGGUAGACAUCUGCGAGGGUCUGCAGGAGUGGUCUGGAGGUCAGGACGCCUUCCAACCAUCUGACACAGAGGAGGAGGCUUUGGUGCAACUGUCUCCAGGCAGAUACAUGGCUCUGGGUGACUGUCUACAAAAUGGGCCAGACAGCAUCACCAUCAAAUGUGGAGACAUCAUUCAACUGCAGUGUGAAGACAACAAGGGGCGCUGGCUGGUGAAGAACCUGAGUCAGCGUAGAGACGGCUUCAUAGCAGCUACCAGCCUGCAGCUGAUCCUAAUAGACAGCAGCCGAGGACACUCCUCCAGACUCGGAGACCCCAUGAACCUGAAGGCCAGAAAGCUCAGCUCCCCGUAGCGAAGAAAACACAGGAAAUGUAUUUGAAUAUUUACCUGUGGACGAUGAACAGAAGGAACAUGUUGAGCCAUAGCUGUCCGACCACUGAUCCGCCACCCACUCCUCGCUCCCCGGUGACGUCUGCUUUCUCCAGCACAGUUCAAUCAUUAAAGAGAAAAAAGACCUGAUUUUCUUCCAGGUUACGAUUGACAAUCUACUGGGACGUUGUUUUCUGAUGGUGAAGAUGUGCUGUGGCACCAGUGCAAAGGCUCAGAAACUGCUUUCCUCUUUUGGACAAUCAACAGACGAUUUGUGGAUCCUGAAUUGUCUUCCUCUUUUUCAUCUGCAACACACAUAAAAGUCAGGAUGGAAGGUUGAUGCCGUAGCACUUUGUCAUUUCACAACCCUUUUCCAGCUACUAUUGGAGGUUCUCGUAUCUCCGUGUGUGUUCCCUGUUUGUCUCAGAAUGUGCUGGAUGUAUGUUAGUCCAGUAUUUGCCUGAACAUUUCUUACAGCAAAUAUUUUUGUAUAUAGACAGUAUCAUUUUUAACAUGUAUUGUACCUCAGUGUCUCAUCUUUGUGUAGUGAGUUGUCCAUUGAAUGACUUCAUUGUAGUUUUCUUACAUUUCAUCUGUCAAGGCACCACUCUUCUGUACAGUCUAGGAGUUAGAUUGCCAAAAUGUGCCAUGCCAUAAUGCCUUUUGUAUUCCUGCUCUUUUAGAGUCUCUUAUGUACUGGUUUGCAAAAUCAAAUACUGCAAUCGCUUUAACCCGACCUCACAAAUAUUCAACUGGCACUUUAAUAAGGUGGACGGAAAGGAGAGACAGAAAAUCCACCAACUGUCUAACGAAUGUGUGCUUUUCUUUGCCUCUUUCACUGUGUAUCGUCUCUUACUCAUGCUGUUAUUUCCUUUAUUUAUUCCUGACUGUAUGAUGUGUUAGGGAGUCGGGGGAGAAAUACCCCCUGCAUGCAGGCAGCAGUUGACAUGUCAGUGGCUGUAAUGUAAGACACAAGCAGACAUGAUGAUGAUUGACGGCAAUGUAUUCCUCAGUGUGUGCUGUGAGCGCAGAGUAGACCAAAAAGAGAGAGAGAGAUUGUGCUGCGAGUGCCCCUCCAUCACAGAGGCAGAUUGUUUCCUCCUGCCCAUUACAGCUCGGUUAAUCUCGGGUUCCCCAUUAAAAGGGAUCAUACAGCCAACAUGAAAUAUAGCCUGUGUGUCGAACGCUUAAUUAAAUAUUGAUUGCAGACUUAUAUGAAUUUACCACAUCAAAUCGAGGCCCCAGUCAGAGGGCUGCCUUUGAUUUGUUUUGUUUGAUAUGGAAAUGAGUCUGAAAGCAGCAGGGGCUGCCGCACACUACACAUUUCCUAUGUUGUUAAUUUAUUUAUUUAGCUGUCAUGUUGUUCCUUCAUAUUGUGAGGUAUAUAUGCGCUGACGAAUGAAAUAACAUCUCCAUAUAUUUACAGGAGUUACGCUUGACUACACAUCAAAACCCCAUUUUCAUUUGUUUAGCUUUUACAAAUUCAGUUAUUGUUCUUUUUGGAAAUUGAAUCCAAUAUGCUGCAGAUUUUGCACAGAUUCCAGGUUGGAAAACAAAAGAAAAACCUGCUUGAGACAUUAUGUAUCCUGAUGAGCCUGAGAUUGUUGCUGAAUGUUCCUUUAAAAUGAAAAUGCAUGGCAACCGAACAAUGAGCAGGUUUCUUUUGUUGGACUCACUGUUCUAAACGGCUUGUUUUUUGAACAGCUUCAGUACUGUAAAAGAUAAUCAAAAAUCAAUUAUAUUAUGCAAUAAUUGUUUUGGUGAUAAUAAUUCAACACUUGUUUUAACAAAGUGAUAUGUUUGGCUUAAACCUAAGGCUGCUCUUUUUCAUAUUAUGUCUGUAUUCUUGUUUUAAUGUAAGCCAACUUGUAUGAUAAAACUGUGCAGACUUUUA